AUGCAGCCUAUGAAGAAUUCAGAGUGGCGUAACAGAACAUCCAUCACUGAGUUUGUCCUGUUGGGUUUCGGCAAUGUUGAACAUUUGAAUAUUUUUCUCUUUCUGUUAUUUCUAGUAAUCUACCUUGUGACUGUAUCUGGUAAUCUCCUCAUUAUAGCACUGGUUGUGGUUGAACAGAACCUCCAUAUUCCUAUGUACUUCUUUCUGGCAAAUCUGUCAUUUGUGGAGAUCUGCUAUACCACAUCUAUAUUGCCCAGAAUGCUGUCUAGUUUUCUUACAGGGGACAAAACCAUUUCUCUUUGGGGCUGCAUUCUACAGAUGCAUGUCUUUGGCACAAUGGCAGCUACGGAAUGUUACCUCUUAGCCUCCAUGUCCUACGAUCGCUACUUAGCCAUUUGUAGACCGCUGAAUUAUACUACACUGAUGAAUGAUGGAAUGUGUAUCCUACUCGUUGUGGUAUCUUGGAUAAUUGGCUCAGCACUUAUAGUUGUCUCAACAUAUUUAUUGACACAACUUGACUUCUGCAGCCAAAAUAUAAUUGACCACUUCAUUUGUGAUUUCACACCUGUUGUAAGACUCUCUUGCACUGACACCCAGAUUAUUGAAACUGCAUCUCUCAUAACAUCAUCCAUAGGAGUUCUGCCUACAUUCCUUAUAACUGUGACAUCUUAUGGUUUUAUCAUCAUCACAGUCCUGAAAAUUCCAUCCGUCACCGGACGACAAAAAGCAUUUUCCACCUGCUCUUCACACCUCAUUGUUGUUUCAAUUUUCUAUGGAUCUUUACUGGUUAUGUAUGUCUUGCCAACCGGUGAAAAGUUCAAAGAACUGAAGAAGAUCUUCUCCUUUUUGUAUACAGUCCUAACUCCCAUGAGCAAUCCCUUCAUCUAUACCCUAAGAAACAAAGACGUACGGGUUACUCUUAGAAAAAUGUUAUGCCAAUUUUGGGGGUUUGUGAGGAAACCUCAACACUGA